AUGCUAGAAACCAGUACAAAACAUGUGGUUGAAGAGAAUAACGUAACAAAUAAUGGUGAAAAUGAAAACAAUGACAGAACAGAGCCAUUGCUAUUCUUUAAUUAUCAUGAGUUCUUAGUAGAGGAUUAUCAAGUUCAUCCUUCGUGUCGCAAUAUUUCGAAGGCAAAGUCCGUUGUUGUGAAUCAUUUUCCUAACAAUCAUGUCCCAGUCGAUUCCGCUACGUAUAGUGAUACAAGAAUAGUUAGAAUCCCACGAAUUUUCAGCACAACGAAAUUAUCUGAUAUAAUCCCCCAGUUUUCAGAAUAUAUCCCUGGAACAGAACCAGCAGCCAUUAAUGAUCAACAUGGAUUAACUUUCAAACCCGCUGGUAUAUAUGACAAUAACUCAUUUGGUGAAACGUCUGUUACACCUUUAGUACCGGGCUAUAUGACUGAAGAGGAGUUUCAUACUAUUAUACACAACAUAAAUCAAUAUCUACAAGAAGCCUUCGAUCCUUACAAUAUAUGGAAUUUAUUUGAUAGCAUACUUGAUCUUAUUAGUGCCAACUUCUACACUAAAAUAAUCAAUAAUUUUCUUGUGGAUACUUAUUCCAAGCGUAAGUUACAGGAGCUUGAAAAGUAUAUUGAAAAUGAAGUCAAUACAAACGCUUUCGCCAAUAGACCAGGACUAAAGAUUCUUUCACCUAGAAAGAGUGGGUAUCUAUCAGUAUGUAUCAAUUAUUAA